ACCGGAAGCACCUCCCUUUGAGGGCGGGGAAGGAAGAUGGCGGCGCCCAGCGGCCGGUGAGGAGGGAGGACACGGGGUUCGAAAAGCCGCCCGGUGUUAUGGCCGCAGCCCCCCGCACUCUCUCCUCACGCCUCGUGACAGGUGGAGUAGGAGGAUGUGUCUGGCGUUUGGAAGGGAGAGCUAUGCAGAAAUCCCCUCACAAGUUCUUGCACCUUUUCAGGACUGCCAAUAAGCAGUGGCUCACAGUUCAACGGUUCAACUUUCUGAAGCGCUUGUUUGUCACACAACUGAACAGAAGUCUGAACCAGCAAGUUAAACCAAAGCCAGAACCAGUGUCAUCUCCUUUACUUGAAAAAAUCUCUUCAAGUCAAGGCAAAGCUGAAAUAUAUGAGAUGAGACCUCUUUCAUCCCCAAGCCUAUCUUUGUCCAGAAAACCAAAUGAAAAAGAAGUGAUUGAACUAGAAUCUGCUUCAAUAAUUGAAAGCUCUGUAGAAGUUGCACAACAGAGAGAUGAAAAUCAGUGGAAAGAGAUGAAGCUGCAUAUGGACAGUUUACCCGGAAUUUUGGCUCGACUCUCCAAAAUAAAACUCACAGCUCUCGUUGUAAGUACCACUUCAGCUGGAUUUGCAUUGGCCUCAGGACCUCUUGACUGGCCCUGUUUUCUGAUCACUGUUGUUGGGACAGGCCUUGCAUCAUGUGCUGCCAACUCCAUCAAUCAGUUUUUUGAGGUGCCGUUUGAUUCCAAUAUGAAUAGGACAAAGAACAGACCUCUAGUCCGUGGCCAGAUCAGCCCAUUGCUGGCAGUGUCCUUUGCCACUUGCUGUGCUGUUCCAGGAGUUGCCCUUCUCACCUGGGGGGUGAAUCCUCUCACAGGUGCCCUGGGGGCUUUCAACAUCUUUCUGUACACUUGCUGUUAUACUCCGUUGAAGAGGAUCAGCAUUGCCAACACGUGGGUCGGAGCUGUGGUUGGGGCCAUCCCACCUGUCAUGGGCUGGACAGCAGUUACUGGCAGCCUGGAUGCUGGCGCACUCCUCCUCGGGGGCAUCCUCUACUCCUGGCAGUUCCCGCACUUUAACGCCCUGAGCUGGGGCCUCCGGGAGGACUACUCGCGCGGCGGCUACCGCAUGAUGUCCGUCACGCACCCCGGCCUCUGCCGACGCGUGGCCCUGCGCCACUGCCUGGCGCUGGCAGGGCUCUCAGCGGCAGCCCCUGCGCUGGGCGUCACCACCUGGGCCUUCCCUGUCGUCUCCCUACCCAUCAACCUCUACAUCGCCUACCUCGGCUUCCGGUUCUACCUGGACGCUGACCGGAGGAGCUCCAGGAAGCUGUUCUUCUGCAGCCUGUGGCACCUGCCCCUGCUCCUGCUCCUCAUGCUCACAUGCAAGCCGGAGCGGAAACAGGACAAGGGGGAGAUGCAGAGCUGAAGUCGGGGUCAGCGGGGGCGGGGGUGCAGAAAGGCACACGGGUCGUUUCCUCAAUUACUGGACAGGGUAGUUUGGUAAUUUGAAGGUGAGAAUAGAAAUUACUGGGUUUGGUAUAAGACUAAAAUAAUUUGGUGCUUAAUGAUAGGCCGACAGUUUUUUCAAUGAUAAUAUCCAAAAUGUCCCCCAAAUGAGUAGUGGAUUAACUCAGUAUCUGAGUGCAAAGAGAGAGUAUCUUUCUGUCUAAGGCGAUAUACUCUCUCUCUCAUUCCAUCCCCAUUGCUCAGCUUUCUCCUUGCAUAGAUGUACAUGUAACCACCUCCCACCUGUGUCCCACUGCCUUUGCCAGCUUUACUGGCAGACAGACAAGGUAAGUGCUCUGCUCUUGAUAGUCCCAGUUUUGUGUCCACAGGCUCUCACAGAGGAAAAUGGAUGCUGCCACCACUGUAGCCCCUGGCAGCUUCCAGCUGACCCAUUACAUGUGCUCUCCAGUACUCGAUUUCCCAGGUGAUACAAGGCCAGGGGUAGGCUGCUGCAGGACACAUGGAAGUAGAGUUCCACACGGUUUCCAAGGAAAUCUCACCUGAACUGCCAAUCUCUGCCCAACACCCCGCCCCUACCCCGCCCCGCCCCUGCCAUUAUGUAAUUAGCAUUUCAAAAACUCCAAGGAAUCAAAGGUUUCUUUUUAAUUUCGUUUACAAUAUUGAAGGUAUCCGAAGCACUUCUUUUGAAAGAGAUAGCGAAUCAUACCUGUCUCUGUUCAUGCCUCUUCCUACAGGCACCCUCUGUAGAGGGUCAGCUCUUGUUUCUGUAUAGCUUUCAGUGAAGAAGGGAAAGCAGAGAAGAUGAGCUGGCCUAGCCAGCUUGCGUACCUCCCUUUCUUGUCCCAGUAGUGAAAAACACAUUUCCAUACUGCUGUCUUCUGAAAUAAGACGUAAAACUCCAUGUAACCAGUGGUAUUAAGAGCUAGAAAGUGGAGUUGCAGCCCCGAUGGGGCAGAAUUGUAUUCAGAUUUGGUCUCAUUGCACCUCUCCUAUGGUUAUUCCCAUUUGUCUGCUGGCAAGUCCCAUUUGCCUUGAAGCUUGACAGGAUGUGUGAAUCACUCAUUCUUCGGGCCCCUGCUGCCAUGUAGGAAUCCAUUUGGAGAGUUUCGCUGUAAUAUGCCUAUCUAAAAACUUUCUAAAGCAAUUGCAGAUAUCAGUCCCAGUUUCUCCUUGUCAGAGAUGUUGUCUCCAAGCUGUAUGCUGGUUUUCUGCUGUGGGAACAUGGCAUUCAAAUGUCUGGAAAAUUAUCUGCAACUUAAUGCAAUGCAGCCCUUAAAUUUGCAUUAGUUCUGUUUUCCUGCUGCAAUAAACCAGUAUAUAAAACCAGAAGAGUGUGUGGUA